CUUCCAAAUGCCUAUAUAAACAUAGCAUCUAUAGACCACUGAGAUAUCAGAAGAGUAAUAUAAUAUCUCCAUAACAAUAGCUGAUUCUCAGACUUCUCUUUUCCCCCUCGAGAUAGCUCUUUUAAUUUGUUCCCCAAAUGGCACGGUUGGCCUUUGUGCUAGCUUGUGCUCUAGCUCUAUUGGCUUCCUCAGUAGCCUCUGGUGCAAUUGUUGAGCACUCGUUCAGUGUGAACAACCUGACUGUUACCCGAUUGUGCCAAAAUCAAUCGAUUACUGCAGUGAAUGAGAGUUAUCCUGGACCAACCAUAUAUGCACGAGAUGGAGACACAGUUAUCAUCCAUGUUUUAAAUAAGUCGCCCUAUAACAUUAGUAUUCACUGGCAUGGAGUCUUUCAGCUUCUGAGUGCAUGGGCAGAUGGGCCAACAUACGUAACUCAAUGUCCUAUACCCCCCGGACAAAGCUACACUUACAAAUUUAAUAUCACUGGACAAGAAGGCACCCUUUGGUGGCAUGCCCACAUUUCGUGGCUCCGUGCAACUGUCCACGGAGCGCUUAUAAUACACCCAAAAGCCGGUCGAUCCUUCCCCUUUCCCAAGCCCGCCAAAGAAUUUCCCAUCAUAUUAGGAGAUUGGUACAAUGGCAAUGUGGUCGACAUUGAGCGAGAAGGCCUAUCCAAAGGAAUAGCUCCUAACCUUUCAAAUGCUUACACCAUCAAUGGACUUCCCGGCAAUCUCUACGGCUGCUCCUCAAAUCAAACAUAUCAACUCAGAGUGGUGAGAGGAAAGACUUACCUGCUACGCCUAAUCAAUGCUGCACUAAAUACCCAGCUCUUCUUCAAGAUAGCCAACCACAACAUGACAGUUGUUGCCAUCGACGCCGCUUACACGACUCCUUAUGUCACAGACGUGGUGGUUAUUGCACCCGGUCAGACCACCGACGUUCUCGUCAAAUUCAAUCAACUUAAUGGAUCUUAUUACAUGGCCGCCACUCCCUACGCUAGUGCUGACGAUAUCGUCGCCUUUGAUAACUCAACAACCAGAGGCAUCAUCGUCUACAAGGGCUACAAGUCAUCAACCCCCAUUAUGCCCCCCAUGCCCAACCCUCACGACACGCCGUUGGCCAACAAGUUCUUCACCAAUCUCACCGGCCUCCCUGAUGGGCCCCAUUGGGUCCCGGUCCCACGCAAAGUGGAUGAGCACAUGUUCGUGACAAUCGGUGUUAACUUGGCGAUGUGUCCCGAAAAUGCCACGUGUCAAGGUUUAUUCAAUGACCGAUUGUCCGCGAGCAUGAACAACCAAUCAUUCAUGGUCCAGACCAAUACAUCCAUGCUGGAAGCACAUUUUAACAAUGCGAGCAGGGUUUAUACCAGAGAUUUUCCUAGCGAGCCUCCGGUCAAGUUUGACUACACAGACACGAACCUUAGCCUCGACCUAUCCCUGAUAUUUGCGCCAAAAUCAACCAAGGUCAAGACGCUAAAGUUCAAUUCGACAGUACAAUUGGUGUUUCAGAACACAGCGUUUUUGGUCUUCGAGAACCACCCGAUGCAUCUGCAUGGCUUCAAUUUCCAUGUAUUGGCACAAGGGUUUGGAAAUUAUGACCCAAUUAAUGACCCCAAAAAAUUUAACUUCGUUAAUCCGCAAGUACGCAACACAAUUGGUGUGCCGGUCGGAGGAUGGGCUGUGAUCAGGUUUCAAGCAAAUAAUCCUGGUAUCUGGUACCUGCAUUGUCAUUUAGACGUUCAUUUGCCGUGGGGGCUAGCCAUGGCUUUUGAGGUUGAAAAUGGAGGGACGCCAGAAUCUACUUUGCCUCCACCACCACUUGAUCUACCCAAAUGUUAGAAGUUGUUUGGAAGAUACCUCAAAAUAUUGUUUCAUUUUGUAUUCUUGAAAUUACAAUAACGAGGUCAAUUUCAUUCAUUUGGUUACAAGUGAAUCACCUUGUAAUAAACCUUGUGACAAAAUGUAUUGUAUAAGUUGGUCAUCAUUGUUUGACUAAAAUCAAAAUAAAUUAUAAAAUAUUAAUAAUUGAGGUGUCUGUUA